AUGCUUUUCCUACCUAUAACUAGCAUUUUUUUUGGCGGUGGACAAUGUCCAUGUCCAGUUAUCAAUUGUCCUAUGCAAGUACCAUGUCAGUCAAGUUUAUUACCUCACUCAUAUCCUGAAAUUCAAAAACCAUGUUCUAAAAAAACUCGAAGUAAAAGAGAAAGUAAUGGUAUUGUAAUGAUAAAUCAAGAAAAAGAAGAAGAAAAUAAAUGUAAUAAUAAAGAACUUCAAAGUAUUAUGCUUGAUAAUAUGUCUGAUAAUGUUAAAGAAAGUAAAAAUGUUAUAUUACGAAAUAUUGAAAACUAUUUUAAUCUUUCUUUUAAUAUAAUUUGUGCUCAUGGUGAUUUUUCUUUUUUAACAACUACAAGAUUAUAUUGUUUGGUAUCAAAAGAAAAUUUAAAUUGUUAUUCAUAUCUUUCAGAAUAUGGUAAUAGUUUUGAUUCUACUGAAAUUGAAAACAAAAAAUAUAAAUAA